AUGUCCAUAGAUCGAAUUCAUGGUCCAGAACACGCUCGAGAAGUAUACUUGAAACACUUGUGGGAAAAGCGGUUCAAAAAUCUUGCCCAAGUUUCCCCAGACCUACAAAAGAAAAUUGAAGACAGGAAGAACGUGCUCGAGCGCUACGAAGAGUUUAGAAGCGCAUCAAGCGCACCUUCUGAGCCUUCCACUGGCGCUUUAGUUCAUUACGAGAAACCCUUGCCAGACACAGCCCAAACCGCGUCUUUGGUGCGAAAAGUAUAUCGCGAAGACGAUUCAUUUAACUUACUUAUGGAACGCCAGAGCCGACAGUUAGCCCUAGAGCCCAGUUGGCAUGCUCCUUGGAAGCUAAUGCGAGUAAUCAAUGGACACAACGGCUGGGUUCGAUGCGUAUGCGUGGACCCUGUCGACAACGAGUGGUUUGCUACUGGAAGUAAUGACACAACGAUCAAAGUUUGGGAUCUAGCCAGCGGAAAGCUUAAAUUAACGCUAGCAGGCCAUGUAAUGACUGUGCGUAGCAUUGCAAUCUCACAGCGACAUCCUCUCAUGUUUUCUGCCAGCGAAGAUAAGCUUGUGAAGUGCUGGGAUCUUGAAAAAAACACUGUGGUAAGAGACUACCAUGGCCACUUUUCAGGCGUUCAUACGGUUGACGUCCACCCAACUCUGGAUCUAAUUGCAAGCGCGGGAAGAGACGCUGUUGUUCGGCUCUGGGACAUCAGAACGCGUGUUCCGGUUAUGACGCUUGCUGGGCACAAGGGGCCGAUUAACCAGGUCAAGUGCUUUCCAGUUGAUCCUCAAAUAAUGAGUGGCUCCGCGGAUAGCACGGUGAGGCUCUGGGACAUCAGAGCUGGUAAGGCAAUGAAAAUUUUGACACACCAUAGCAAGAGCGUUCGCGCGAUCGCGGGUAACCCCUCAGAGUCUUCGGUGGCCACAGCCUCCACGAGCGACAUCCGUUCGUGGCGUCUUCAAGACGGGCAGCUCCUGACAAACUUCCGCUCCGAAGACACCGGAAUAAUUAAUUGUCUUUCAGUAAAUCCCGAUGGCGUCUUAUUCGCGGGCGGAGACGAUGGCCAUCUGUCAUUUUACGAUUAUAAGACCGGACAUAAGUUCCAGGAUCUACCUACAAUCAAGGUUCCAGGAUCUUUAGAAAGCGAGCGCGGAAUCCUAUCCGCGUCUUUCGAUCAAACAGGCCUAAGGCUGAUCACUGGCGAGAGCGACAAAAGCAUCAAAGUGUGGAAGCAGAUUCCAGGUGCUACCCAGGAAACGCAUCCAAAUCUCCCCUGGAAUCCUCGCUUGGAAUCCCAGCGGUUCUGA